AUGAUCUCCAAACUAACGCGACUUCAUGAACAGUUGCUCGUCAAGAGCGUUGACCACGAUGGUGUCCCGCGCCCCGUUGACAUGCUCGAUAACGACUCUAUCCGCCCAGUACCAGUCAAGGAUCGAACGUGGUCACAACUGACCUACAUAGUUUUCUGGUGGUCCGCCACUGCCAAUGUGAGCAACUUGUACAGUGCUUCCACCGGGAUGGCCAUGGGCCUGACGAUGUGGGAAGCUAUUGCCUGUUCAUUUGGGGGCCAGAUCUUGGCUGGGUGCUUGAUGGCACUCAACGGACGAGGAGGUGCCAUGUAUCGGAUUCCUUUUCCGGUCCUCUGUCGCUCCAGCUUUGGAUCAUGGGGUGCCUUGUGGCCGACAUUUAAUCGUGCGGCCAUGUCGAUUGUGUGGAAUGGUGUCAACUCUGUUCAAGGAGCACAGUGUUUAUAUGUCUUUCUUCAUGCGAUAUUCCCUUCCAUUGCAAAUAUUCCUGAUAAGAUGGGAUCCAAAUCGGCCUUGACUUCGGCCCAGAUGAUGUGCUUCUUUAUCUACUGGCUGGUCAACUGCGCAUUUCUGUUUGUGCCUGUCCCGAAAAUGAAGUCUCUUGUCUAUGCCAAGGUCAUUGUCUACUUCGCUGCCACCUUAGCCAUGGUGGGAUGGACCGUAUCCUUGUCGGGGGGAUCAUCGAAGUUUGUGGCUACUCUCCAUGCCCCUUCAACAGUGCAGGGCACGGAAAAGAGUUACCUGAUCUUCAAGUUCUUCUUUUUGGGACUGGCUAGCUGUGGCACCUUUAUUUCCAACGCGGCAGAUAUGCAGCGUUAUGCGAGAAAGCCUAAUGAUGUGCUCAUUGGCCAGAUCAUCAGCUUCCCAGUGUCAAAUCUCCUUGUGGCUAUUUUGGGCAACUUGAUUGCUGCAGCGAGCAAGUCCAUCUUCGGAGAGCUGAUUUGGAGCCCCUUGACCUUCUUGGACAAGUUGAUGGAUGGCGAGCGCUACACCCAUGGUAACCGCGCAGCCUGCGCUUUUAUCUCACUGGCUUUUGUUUACUCCACUGUCUUCUCUGCAAUCUUCGAGAACUCGAUUCCUGCCGGAAAUGACAUCGCUGCAUUGAUGCCUCGAUACAUCACAAUCAAACGAGGAUUCUUUAUCUGCGCCGUCCUCUCAUACGCAAUCUGUCCAUGGUAUCUCCUCUCCACAGCCGCCAUCUUCAUCACCUUCCUCUCAUCCUACCAGAUCUUCCUGUCCGCCAUCACAGGUAUCUUGAUCUGCGAUUACUAUCUCAUUCGUCGUGGGUAUCUCAAUAUCCCUGCACUGUACACCGCACGCCCGGAGAGUCUUUACCGCUAUUUGUACGGAUUUAAUCCGCGGGCAUUCAUUGCCUAUAUCAUUGCGGUGGCGCCUAAUUUCUACGGAUUUCUGAAUCAGAUGGGUGUCAAGGCACCGUUGGGUAUUCAGCGAUUUUAUUACAUUGCCUAUCCGACGGGUCUAUUGGUUGCCUUUGGUGUGUACUAUUUUAGUUGUUUAGUAUCGGCGCCUAAGGGUAUGGAGAAGUCUGGAUGGAAAGAGCCUAAGGAUUAUUUUGAGGAGGAUGAUCCAAUGCGAGGAGAGAGCCUGGUUAUUGAAGGCGUGGAAGCUGAAAAAGGAGCUCAGGUUACGGCUGCUUCAAAGGAGGUCUGA